GCACUGUGGCUGGGAUACGAUCAAUCCAUUCCUGCUUAUCCAACCACGGAGGUAACCUCUGGCCUUAAUCAAACAUGGUGUUGUUCGUUCGUCUUAUCAAUGAUCGCUCAAUCAUAGUCCAGGAGAGUCGGAUUUUUUUACUAGUUAUCAGCUCAGUCUCAGCAGUUUCUAGGCAUUUCUACGCAAUCUGCAUGAUGUUUUGGAAAUUAAUAUCUGUUAUUGUGCUUGUCCUUGCUGUUGGUACUACUUUGUUGCUGAAUGGCGCCUUCCAUGAAGCCCCAGAAGCCCCUGCAUACGGAGAUGGCUGGUGGGGUAAGGGUGAGAAACCAACAACGCCGCCAGAUGAGUCAAUAUCGCCAUUUAAAAUCAAGUUUGAUGAGUCUGCACUCAGUGACUUGAAGUCAAGAAUUAGGAAUGCUCGAUUUGCCGAAGGGUUGGAAGACAGCCAAUUCCACUACGGAGUGAGACCGGAGUACAUGAGAAAGGUUGCCAAAUAUUGGAUGAAUAGUUAUAACUGGACUAAGAAGGAAAAGGAAAUAAAUAAAUACGAUCAUUUCAAGACUAACAUCGAGGGCAUUGACGUUCAUUUCAUGCAUAUCAAACCUAAUCUCCCGCCUGGACAGAAGGCGAUACCAUUAAUGAUGAUUCAUGGUUGGCCUGGUUCUUUUUACGAAUUCAUGAAGAUUGCACCGAUGAUGACUGACCCUUUGGCUCAUGGUGGCCCGUCUGAUGAUGCUUUUGAAUUAGUUUGCCCAUCAAUACCCGGCUACACCUUUUCAGAAGGGUCUCACAAAAAGGGCCUCAAUGCAUUAGCAGUUGCAAGGAUAUUCGACAAAUUGAUGAAACGACUUGGAUUCAAUCAGUAUUACAUUCAAGGUGGAGAUUGGGGGGCAUAUAUAGUUACUAAAAUGGCUCUUAUAUCCCCAACUUCUAUCUUGGGUUUGCAUGCUAAUAUGGCAGUAACACGUGUCCCUUUUCAACCCCUUCUCCUAGCAAUUGGCAGUUACUUUCCAAGUCUCAUACUGAGCUCAAAGGAAGAUCAAGAUAAGGUGUUUCCAGCUGGUGACCAUUUUUUUGACUUUUUACUUGAAACUGGUUACAUGCACAUACAAGCAACAAAACCCGAUACUUUGGGCCAUGCUCUUAACGAUUCCCCGAUUGGACUGGCAGCCUACAUCUUGGAAAAAUUUUCUACUUGGACAAACCGUAAAGGACGCGAUGCGGAUGAUGGUUGCAUUGAAGAGAAUUGGACGUUAGAUGAAAUUUUGACAAAUGUUAUGCUAUAUUGGAUGACGAAUUCUAUUACAACAUCGAUGAGAUUUUACAAGGAAAAUAUUGCAGGGGCCUUCCAAGAACCAUUAUAUGAAAUAACGGUACCAUCAGCUUUUGCCGAUUUUCCGAUGGAAUUACGUCAUGUGCCAGAACCGUGGACUCGUAAACAGUUUACUGAUCUGGUGCAGUAUACUACUAUGCCACGUGGAGGUCACUUUGCAGCGUUUGAGGUUCCGCAGUUACUUGCAAAAGACAUUCGUAAAUUCGUUAAGGCUGUAGAAGCUAGAAGAAAAAAAUCUUAGUUUUAAUUUUGAUGAGUUUGUCACAUGUUCCUUUAGUUGGCUGAAAUUUGAUGAUUAGUUUAUUUUAAUGUACUGUGUUGUGACAAUGUCCGAUUUAACUGGUCGUUCUUUGUUAAACCGCGCCUCCCUGCGCAGUGGUAAAAUCGACCAACCGAAUAAAAAACUGGUAAAUACUCGACAAAAAGUGGCUGCGUAGUUACCGUGAUGCCCACUAGCGUAAUCAAGGUUUGGUUCGGCUUGAGGCAGUAUGGGUUUUCGUCAAAAAAAAAAUUUAAAAAAAAAAUUCAUGCAGUUUUUGAAUUCUGUUAGCUUACUAUUAUUUGUAUUACUUAUUUUUAGGUAAAUGUUAUAAUUAGGCCUAUUAUUUUCUGAAAUUUAAUCUAAAUUAUAUAACGCAAAUUUUGUUAACAUUUUAGAGUGAUUAAACAAACUAUUUUAUACAAAUGUUCUCUAGUAAGCCUAUUAAUACAAAUGGAAAAUAAAGUUAGUGCUCACAGA